CAGUGCUCCGCCGAGCUUCGGUGGCAGCCAAGCCGACAGUUCACAGUACGAGCUGACAGUGAAGCACACGAGCAACAGCGCGACGACACUCGAGCCGGAUACCGAACACCGGCAUAUAUACGGAGCAGUACCAGAGAUGGCAAGGCGGCAUACCAAAUAUCAGCGCAUAGACGACAAGGUGUGAAAGAGGAGCAAGGGAAGAAGGCUUGGAUUGGGAUAACUCAGUUAAUUGGGCGAAGCUUUGGCAACUUCGCUGUCACAAGUUCCCAACUCACUUCGACCUACCUGCUAUCAUUGCGGCCGCGCAUGGGCUGGAUUGAGUCUCUAGGAGCUGGCAUAUAUUUAUCCAAUGGCGGAUGAACAGCUUCUCGACAAAAUCCACAACCUCAGCGACCUCGAACUCGCCGUCCUCCUUAGCCUCAUCGCCCGCGAGCACUGCCUGGUUAGCACUGAGCCCGACAGCGUCGACGAGCUGGCCGAAGAGUUGCGCCUGAUCGCAUCCAAGACCUUUAACCUCAGCUCCGCCAUCAUCAGCUGCCACGCCCACACGACACUCGACGAGUUUGCGACAGGUCUAUUCGUCCACCCAGCUCGAACACCGCCAUCACCAGGCAACACCCGUUCCGUGUCCCCAUACCGGCCGCGUCAUGAGCAGUCGCAGCUCUCGGUGGGGGGUCUAGGGCCCUCACCCGGGUCCUACUUUCCGCUCAGCCCAUCCCCGCGCAUUGGAGGGCCCAUAAGCCCAAUCUCGUCUUCCGCCGGUGGAAGUAGCUCGCAGCUCUCACAACCACGGAUCGCCAACGUCGUCCUGGCUAAGGACCUGGAUCGCGCUCCCCGGGCCGUCCAAAUUCAAGCUCUCGAGCUUCUCCGCACGCGCCGCAUAUUUACAAGAACAAGCGUACAGACAGCCCCGAAGCAGUUUCUCUUUAUCGCCAUAGUCGGCGCCAGCAGUAUCGGACAGGCGCGGGUCACCCCCCACCUGAACGAUUUCUUCUACCUCAGCCACUGGCACGACCCAGAGGAGGAUGGCUUCCCCUAUCUCGACGAAGCGUUCAACCCCCCGCCCGGGCCCCCCAACGACAAGGACGUGAACGACGACGCGGACGACGCCGCCUCCACCACCUCCAGCACCAGCGUAGUCAAGCUCAACCGGCACUCCUCCCUCGGCACAACCGGCCUCGGCAUCCCAUCCAUCGAUCACCAAGACCACUGGCGGCCCCGCAAGAACAGCACCGCCAGCACCGCCCGAAGCGGCACCAACCUUCCCAGCAUCCCACCCCAACAGCAACAACCACCACCGAAACAACAACAACCCCAAAAACAGCCCAACCCACCACCCCCACCCCACCCCACCCUCACCGACCACGAAAUCUCCCACCUCUCCCAGCUCUCCCUCACAGCGCACACCUCCAUCGCCGUCACCCGCUACCAAGCCAACAUCGUCUCCUUCCUGCGCACCCACCGCGCCAUCGCGCCGGGUAGCAGCAUCUCGACGAUCGCGACCCAGCACCUAGCCAGGCUGAGCGGGUCGCUGGCGCCGCUGCACGGGCUGGACUACGUGACGCCGGCGCUGGUCGGGGUGGCGGCGAGGAAGGUUUAUGGGCAUCGGUUGAGGGUGGUUGGGAUUGGGGCGCAUGGGGAGGGGGGUGGGGGUGGGGUUGGGGUUGUUGGGGUUGGGAUGGAGCUGGAGCGGAGUGUGCAGUGGGGGAGUGAGGUCGGUGUGGUGAGGGGGGUUUUGGAGGGGGUGGGGGUGGAGGAGGUGUUGGAGGAGGUUUUGGGGGCGGUGAGGGUGCCGGGUUAG